CGUCACGGCGCGUCGGCGCGCGCGCCCGCCUUACCCUUGCCGCGGGCCGUAAAGCGCGGAAGGUCGCAGGCCCCCCGCGGUCCCGGAACUCUGCGCUCCGCGUCCCGCCCCGUCCCCAUGCCCUGGCCCCCUUUCCGGCCGGCGCAGACCCUCUUCAGCGGCUGGGCUGCCCUUCACUUCCGCCGGGCGUUGCUGAGCGCGCUGCCCGCGAGUCGCGGGCCCGUGAGGUGGUGAUGCUUUACCGGUUGCUCUCUAUUGUGCAAAGACAAAGGACUAGCCCAGGAUGGCAGACCUGGUCAUCAGCGAGAAGCAGCACGUCCACUGCGGAGGCACAUUCUAUUGCUCUGCCUGCCCAGGCCCAGGUGGUCAUCUGUGGAGGUGGAAUCAUGGGUACAUCCGUGGCCUAUCACCUCUCCAAAAUGGGAUGGCAAGAUAUUGUCCUUUUGGAGCAGGGCAGGCUGGCUGCUGGCUCAACAAGGUUCUGUGCUGGCAUCCUAAGCACUGCUAGGCAUUCAAGCGUUGAGCAGAAGAUGGCUAACUAUUCAAACAAACUCUACCAUCAGUUAGAACAAGAAACAGGGAUCCAAACAGGUUACUUAAGGACAGGCUCAAUCUCUCUGGCCCAGACUCAGGACCGGUUGAUCUCUCUGAAGCGUAUCAACUCAAGGCUGAAUGUUGUAGGUAUCCCUUCUGAGAUCAUCUCCCCGAAGAAAGUGGCUGAACUUCACCCUCUCCUCAAUGUGCAUGAUCUGGUCGGGGCCAUGUACGUUCCUGAGGAUGCAGUAGUGUCCUCUGCUGAUGUGGCUCUGGCCCUGGCAAGUGCUGCCUCCCAGAAUGGUGUUCAGAUUUAUGACCGGACAAGUGUUCUUCACGUACUGAUCAAAAAAGGUCAAGUUACUGGUGUGGAGACAGACAAAGGACAGAUCGAAUGCCAGUAUUUUGUCAACUGUGCCGGGCAGUGGGCAUAUGAGCUGGGUCUGUCCAACGAGGAGCCGCUUAGUAUCCCGCUACACGCCUGUGAACACUUCUACCUUCUGACUCGUCCCUGGGACACCCCUCUGCAGAGCAACACACCAACCAUUGUGGAUGCUGAUGGAAGAAUUUACAUUAGGAACUGGCAGGGUGGCAUCUUGUCUGGAGGCUUUGAGAAGAACCCCAAACCUAUUUUCACUGAAGGCAAGAACCAGUUGGAAAUUCAGAACCUUCGUGAAGACUGGGAUCACUUUGAGCCCCUGCUGAGUUCCCUCCUGCGUAGGAUGCCAGCAUUGGAGACUCUGGAGAUUUUGAAGUUGGUGAAUUGCCCUGAGACCUUCACACCAGACAUGAAGUGCAUCAUGGGCGAGUCUCCUGUAGUACAGGGCUACUUUGUCCUGGCAGGGAUGAACUCUGCUGGCCUGUCGUUGGGUGGAGGAGCUGGAAAGUUCCUAGCAGAAUGGAUGGUAUAUGGUUAUCCCUCUGAAAAUGUCUGGGAGUUGGAUUUGCAGCGCUUCGGAGCCCUCCAGAGCAGCCGCACCUUUCUGCGCCACCGGGUCAUGGAAGUUAUGCCUCUGAUAUAUGAUCUGAAGGUUCCCCGUUGGGAUUUCCAGACUGGAAGGCAGUUACGUACAUCUCCUCUUUAUGACCGGCUGGAUGCUCAAGGAGCCAGAUGGAUGGAGAAACAUGGAUUUGAGAGGCCAAAGUACUUUGUUCCACCCAACAAGGACCUUCUUGCAUUAGAACAGAGCAAGACUUUCUACAAGCCAGAUUGGUUUGAUAUUGUGGAGUCAGAAGUCAAAUGCUGCAAGGAAGCUGUGUGUGUCAUUGACAUGUCCUCUUUCACAAAAUUUGAAAUAACUUCCACUGGGGACGAGGCGUUAGAAAGUCUGCAGUACCUUUUCUGCAAUGACCUUGAUGUACCUGUAGGCCACAUCGUUCAUACUGGCAUGCUCAAUGAAUAUGGAGGAUACGAAAACGACUGCAGCAUCGCACGCCUGACCAAACGCAGUUUCUUUAUGAUUUCUCCAACCGAUCAGCAGGUCCACUGUUGGGCCUGGCUUAACAAAUACUUGCCGAAAGACAGCAACUUGCUGCUGGAGGACGUCACCUGGAAAUACACAGCCCUCAAUCUGAUUGGCCCUCGAGCCGUGGAUGUGCUAUCUGAGCUGUCCUAUGCCCCUAUGACUCCAGAUCACUUUCCAACGCUCUUCUGCAAGGAGAUGAGUGUGGGCUAUGCAAAUGGGAUCCGGGUGAUGAGUAUGACGCACACGGGAGAGCCAGGCUUCAUGCUGUAUAUCCCCAUAGAGUACGCUCUGCAUGUCUACAAUGAGGUGAUGAGUGUUGGACAGAAAUAUGGAAUCCGGAAUGCUGGGUAUUAUGCCCUCAGAAGUCUCCGAAUUGAGAAGUUUUUUGCUUUCUGGGGUCAGGACUUAAACACCCUUACCACGCCUUUGGAAUGUGGAGGAGAAUCUCGAGUGAAGUUAGAGAAGGGCAUAGACUUCAUUGGUCGGGAUGCCCUGCUGCAGCAGAAGCAGACCGGGGUAUAUAAGCGCCUUGCUAUGUUCAUUCUGGACGACCAUGACACAGACCUUGAUUUGUGGCCUUGGUGGGGAGAACCCAUUUACCGGAACGGAAAGUAUGCUGGCAAGACCACCAGUAGUGCCUAUAGCUACACACUGGAGCGCCAUGUAUGCCUGGGUUAUGUACACAAUUUUUCUGAGGACAGUGGGGAAGAGCAGGUGGUGACAACAGAUUUCAUCAACCGAGGAGAAUAUGAAAUUGACAUUGCAGGACAUCGGUUUCAGGCCAAGGCCAAGCUCUACCCUGUCACCUCUUUUUUCACUCACAAGCGUAGAAAGGACGAUGUGGAGCUGAGCGACUUUCAUGGGAAGUAACGCAAGACACUCCCUUCCCACAUUCUUGCCAUGAGGAGCAUCGUUCUCAGAGCCGAGUUUCCCUCCGUCCUGGUCUCCUCACUGAAGGUACCUUUGUCCUUGCCUAGGUUCAAUUUGACCUAAACUUUUUCCUUGAAAACCUUUCUUGUCUUCCCAUUUUCUCCCAUUUGCUGUUACCCCUCCUAAUAAUCCAGGCUCUUCUCAUCCCUCCAGCAGGCUCACAUACCCACAAUGGCGGGCAGAACCCACUUGUGGAGUGGUAUUAGGGUGACAGACUGAUUUUAAAUUCAGUGUUAGGCAAGUUGGUAUUAUUUAAGUCUUAGGGUAAAUAUCCAUUUCCCUUCGGCUUAGAUUCUUACCAAGUAACCUCCUAGUUUCGGUAGAUGAUUUUGUGUCUGAUGCAGCCCUGGGAAUAACUUGUGUCUUAACCAGGCAGAUAAUUCUGUUCCACUGUGCUGAGGUUGCCACCUGAUACCUCGUAACCAUCUACCUCACCAAUAAGAGCGAUUGUGUGGACACUGUCUGCUCUGUGGAAGGGGGAAUAGUUACCUGGCACCCAGUAUCCUCCAACUUUGUCCUUACAUGUUUGUGCCAGGGCACCCUACCUGCAUUUUCUUCAUUUUCUGCUAUCUUUUAUCAUGAUGUUGGUUUUUAGCUGAGUAAACAGGUAUGCCAGUAUUUGAAAGGAAAGACAAACCAUGCUGCCUUUUCUGUUGCUUUUCCCAGUAGGAGCAGUGUGAACUCAGAUGCUGAGUUCCUACUAUUAGAGGAGGAGUGCUGCUUUUCUUUUAGCUAAUCAUAUUUUGGCUAUCCCUUAUUGAUUUCUUCAGAUGACUUCUAGACUCAUCUGUGCCUUGUGUAGCCUGCCUACAACCUCAACAUCCAUUCUUAGCCUUUUAGAAGAGGAAGAGGGGAUCAGGCGGGUUGUUUUGGAUGAUUAAGUAAACCAUGCUGGUCAUACUGCAUUUCAGAGCCCCAGGCUUUGUGUCCCUAGCAUGAACAAAGCCAGACAGAUGACCACUGAGAACUGUAAGUACAGUGCAGGCCAGAGACUGCUUCCCAUCCUUUCUUUCCAGGCUCCCCACCAAAUGCACCACACAUUUCAGUGGCACUGUUGUUUUUGUGAAAAUUGGAGCUAGCCUCAAAUUUGUGAUCCUCUUGCUUAUUAGUCUCUUGAGUACUGAGAUUUCGGGUGUGGUGACAGUUUUUUUGAAGUUGAAACUUGGAUGUCAUGGCUGUUCUAUAUACCAUCAACACUGAUUUUGUUUGCUCUCAUAUACAAACUGUCCCAGUCUUGGAGAACUUUUAAUUCUCUCAGCACUCAAGAUGAAGAGGCAGGCAGGGUCUUUGUGAGUUCAAGGCCAGCCUGGUCCACAGAAUAGAGUGAGUUCCAAGAGAGCCAGGGCUACACAGAGAAUCCUGUUUCAUAAAACCAGAAAGUGGGGGGAGGGAGUGAAGGAGAGGGCGAGGGCGAGCUCAGGCAAGAGAGCUAGCUGGCCAUAACACAUGCCAGCCUUUAAUUCAGUUAAAGUAAUUCUCAGUACCCGGGAAGCAUUGGUUUUGCUAAACUGAUAUCAAUAGAAAUCCUUUCAUUUCUUUAGAGCAGCUCAAAUUUCUAGUGUCUUCUUUGACAUUUCUGUAGAACUUUAUCCACUCAGACUUUUCUUUCUUCCUUCCUUCCUUAACACAUUUCUUGCUGUUUUUUCCAGCUAGGCCAUUCCUACUUGGCUUUCAAGAUUUUAAAUGAUUAAAAGGACACACAAUUAGAAUUUGAUGUGAGGGGAAUUAGUAUUUUGGGAAAAAUACCUAUUUAAUGAGAUGAGAGGAACUGUUUCUCCACUAGAGAGCUGAGCAGGGCAGCAGUAGCAGUAAGCUCCUGAGGAGACAGAACAGGCUCUUAACUGACCUAUGGGGGUGGAAUACAGAUGCACAGCUCCAGGUAUUGUGUGCCCUCUCUCUCUCUGAUAGAUAUGGCUGUUGGCUGUAACAUUCCACAGUCUGUGUAAUGAACGUUUAUUUGGUAUUGAAUACAAAAUACAUUUUUGAACUAUGCAUUACUUGUAAAAAAAAAAAAAAGUAGCAAUCAGCAGGUUUGCUCUUUAAAUAUGGAAGUUAGUACUUAAGUUCCAAAUCAGAAAAACUUCCAAACCAAUAUAGUUUACAAUUGGGUAUACCACCAUCACAGUAUAUUAUUCAGAAACAAAUGUCAUCAAGAGUAUUUUCAGCAGUUUUUUAUUUUCUUCUGCACUUGUUAAUCACUAGCUAAUUAACUAUUAAGUUGGAGGGAAACAGCAGCUUCCUAGUAAGUUUUCAGCUAGAAGUUCUGGCCGAUGCUGCCAUCAGCAGAGCUUACACACCGUGCUUGUCUUGCUGCAGUUUUUUCUAUGCUUGAUGGCACAAGUACCUUAGAUAGUCGAGGGGGCUGCUUACCUAGAAUAUCUGAUCCACCAGUGUGGUAGAGCUGGGCUUCUCAGGAGUAGAUGCAAGUUGUUAGCAGAAAUGGUAGCUCUAGAGCAACCCCUGACCCUUUCACAGGUCUCCUAAAUAAUUGGAAAGCACAGAUAUUUACAUUAUGAUUCAUAAUAGUAACAAAAUCACAGUUACUAAGUAGCAGUGACCCUACAUUGGGGUCACUGCAAAUGUGAGGAACUGUAUUAAAGGGUCACUGCAUCAGGAAGGUUGAGAACCACUGCUCUAGAGGCGUGAAUGAAAAUCUAGGACGACUAAGGAGGAACAAUCACUGUACCUCCUGAGCUGUGUGACACUUCCAGUUCAGGGACAGUGAGGCUAUCUUGGCUUGCCUUGUAUAACACACUGGGGAGCCGGUUAGCUUUAAGGGAUUGUAAACACUUCAGUUUUAGGUGACAGAUUCUCUGGAAUAAUGUUACCACAUCUACUUCCUAGAAGUGAGGGGGUUCCAUGUUCUCUUCUUUGAUUAUAGAAGCAAUUAAAUCUCUUUGAACAAGGUAACAAAGUAUAUAGAAAACCUAGAAUUGGAAGUUUUCUGUGAUACUCCAUGAAGGCUCUUUUCUCUUAGCCAGAUGCAAAGCCUAUUUCUCAGCACUACCACAGUUAUUUGAAAUAUGCUCAAGCUUGUAACAGAGUUCCCUUCCAUGACAUAGGUACUGAACUUGCAAAAAGGAACAAAGAGGAAUGGCUUGAAUAGUCUUAAUUGUGAGACUACCUCACUGCAUUUCUAGUUCUUCUGUGGGUUCCUACAGAUCAUAUUAGUCCUGCACACAGGAUCAUUUAGCACAAUUGUAAACCCUAGCUUCAGUCUGGUCACCAAGAGCCCAUUUAUGCAGCCGUGGACUAUAUAGCCACUUCAGCUUGGCACUUGUUGUGGAAGUACAUUAGCUCUGGCCUGUCUCCUCUAUAUUGUGUUCAAGAAAAGUAACCAAACAUGAAAAACAAAUUUGUAGAUUUCAGUAUUAACUGAUCUGUUUUGGGAUGUGGGUGACAGCUUUGAUUUUCAGGUUACCUUAUGAACACAUUUGCUAGCAUGGGAAAAGUUCUUCACUGUCCUUGGAGAGAACUGUAUGCCUUACAGUAUUGGUACUAGCCCUGGAGACAGACCUGGAUGAGCAGUUCCAUCAUCCUGUUUGCAGGGGUGAACUACAAAUUUCAUCUUUGUAUCUUUUGGUUAACUUCUUGGCUAAGGUAACAGAUUUAUAUUUAGGACAAUGAAGUCACUUUUCCAUUUUCUGCAUCCCAACACCCCCAGCUCACAUGUUGAUAAGCAGCAUAGUAUCAACACAGUACACUUUCCUUCUACUGGAGGAUGCUCCUCCUGCCCUUACGUCUGUAGGCACACAGCUUGAGGAGCAGUAGGUGAGCGGGUGAGGAUGAUGCCUGAGUUCGGCUGUGGCUGAGCUGUGGGCGGCUUGGCAGCACCUCCCUUUCUUUUGGCCUCCAAGGUGCUGAUCUGUAAGCCCCCAUGUUCGUCAGCAUGGGGCUUUCUCUCCAAGUCCUCAGCAGUACCUGCACCAGGUACUGUUCACAAGGAUCGAGCGUUCCCCUUUGCCAUCUCAGUCUGUCACGUCAGCAUUUCCCUGUAUAAGACUCUUGGCCUCUAAGCAGUUGUCCGAAUCUGAAUAAUUAUACACACUUUCUUCAUAUUUUGAUUCAUCUUUGCAAACAUCUACCUCCUUGUCUUUUGUCUGUGAAUGACAGAUUAUAAGAGGAGGGGGAGUUAUUUUUAUCAUGUUUCAAAAGAUCUAUGCCAAGAUUUCUUUUGCACACCAAGAACUGAAGCUUGGAGCACUUCUCAGGCCAGUUCUAGUGCCUUACACUCCAGGAUGUCCAGCAUCGGACUGAGGUAGGAUGAAAGCAGGAUGCUCGGUCUGUAGGUUCUCAUCCCCCACAUCAGCCCUCUUUGUUCAAAAUAACCUUGGUGUGGGGUAAAAAGUUCUGCAGCUCAUUUCACUGAAAGCUUUUCUAGCGCAUACUUAACUCUCUGGUCAAUGCUUAAGAUAUAUAAGACACCAGUGCAAUUGCUAUAAAGAUCUUUAAAUUCGCAUUUAGUGUGUGGUUCUGCUCAGCUCCCUUCUGUUCCUGUGUAGUAUCAGCAUGUGAUCCUGAGGACAUUCUAGAUAUUGGAGUAAAUAAAAUCUUUUCUUAAGAGCAAACUCAGCCGACUUUGGACACAUGGGGUAAUUGUGCAUUUAUGACCAGAAUUAUUUCUAGAUGGCUGGAUUUGAAUUGAGAUUUUCUUUUCAUGUAUUAGGUGUAUAAAUGAAUAAAAAGAUGUUUCCAUAA